AUGUCAUUUUACGUAAUUAUGGAACCAUUUUUUGAAAAGGACUGUUCUUCUUUGCUAAUCUGGAAAAACAUAGGUAUUUGGAUUUAUGGUAUUAAUUAUGCGGGAAGUUUAUUUAAACCAAUAUUCAGCAGUGCACGAAUUGAAAUUUUAAUUUCAUUGCUUAUUGAAAUCGGUGAACUUUUCUGUUAUUUAUUUAUUCUUGAACGAACAGCUGGAGUCAUCGCUGUCGCUUUGACUUCCUUUGCAAUUGAAUUAUUUUGUCAUAUAAUCACAUUAUUCUUGAUUGAAACAGAAUCUACGAAGAAGGCUAUUGCUGAUAAAUUAAGCAAGUUUAUCCUUCGAUUGUUUUUUAUCGUUGGUGUAAACUUUUAUUCUCUAUUAACAUUAUUUCUCAGUCAUGAAUCUCGUUUCCGUCAAACACUUUUUGAAAUUAGUAUGAUUUUCUCAAUUUUUAUGGCUGGUAUUAAAUUAAAUUUAAAAUUGGAAGUUAAACCAGUUGAAAAACCAUUCGAUAAGAAGUCGAUAACUGAAUUAAAGAAAGACACCGAAUCUGCGUCGAUACGCCCAAAUAUUACUCUUGCUUUGGGCUUGGUUCGAUGCUGCUUGGCAUUUUAA